AUGUUGGCGUCGAUUCGACUACAAUAUUGGCCACUUAAUGCAAGGAACAUAGCUCGAAAUACAGUGCAUCGCUGCGUGAAAUGUUUUCGAAUGAAACCUACCGUGGUGCAACCGAUCAUGGGCAAUUUACCUAGAGAUCGUGUAGAAGCCCAAUCUCGUGCAUUUAAAAUCUGCGGUGUCGAUUUCGCGGGCCCUAUAAUGGUAAAACAAAGUUUAAGGCGAAAUGCACCCGCGACAAAAGGAUAUGCCUGUAUAUUUGUAUGUUUUGCAACUAAGGCGGUGCAUAUUGAGGUCGUUAUAGAUUUGAGCACUAAGUCAUUUUUAAAUGCGUUGAGCCGAUUUUUUGAUCGCAGAGGUAAAUGUGCUACGAUUUAUUCUGACAAUGCUACAAACUUCGUAGGAGCAAACAGGUAUUUAAAGGAAGUAUAUCAACUUUUUCAAGUUCAAAAGCAUCAAGAAAUCAUUAAAUCUGGUUUGGCUAAAAUAGGAGUACAAUGGAAAUUUAUUCCCCCCAGGUCACCUCAUUUUGGGGGAUUAUGGGAGGCCGCGGUUAAGUCAAUGAAGUCAUUAUUGCGAAGUGUACUAUGCGAAUCAUAUUUGACGUACGAAGAGUUGUGCACUAUACUCACUAGGGUAGAAGCGUGUUUGAAUUCUCGGCCUUUAACGGCUUUGUCCUCUGAUCCUUCCGAUUUAUUAUAUAUCACUCCAGCUCAUUUCCUAAUCGGAGACUCCCUAAUGUCCAUACCGGAGCGGGAUGAAACAAAUACGCCGGUAAACCGGUUAGACCGUUGGCGUCGCGUUCAACAAUUUUCACAGAUUUUGUGGAAACGUUGGAGUCGAGAGUAUUUGCAUCAAUUGCAAGAGAGGUCAAAAUGGGCUAGUGAAAAGGGACCCAAAGUGGAUGUCGGCAGUGUAGUUUUAAUUAGUGAAGAUAAUCUGCCACCCUUACGGUGGAAAAUCGGACGAGUGAGAGAGGUGACACGUGGAAAUGACAACAUCAUUCGUACCGCGGUAGUCAAAACGGCUGAUGGUGAGUUAACCCGGGCAGUGCGUAAGCUGUGUCCACUACCAUUCGAAGGCAAUGAUGGUUAA